GCGACUUGAGAAUGAUGAUAAAGCGAUGUUGGAAUUAUCGCCUGGAAAGAAUAACAACAACAAUGACACAAAGCUUCCCUCAGAGUCUGCCGAAAGUACAGACUCUGAUAUAUCAUCCGUUGAUGGCCUCGCUGAUGGCCUUGAUACGGCCGAUGACUUUGACUAUGCCUCGUUCCAAGUGUGGGGUGAGAUUAUCAGAGAUUGGGAGGAAAAUAUGAAACGAAGGCCAAAGUUUAUACGGGACUUGACACACAAGGGAAUUCCUGAGAAAAUGAGGUGCAUUAUGUGGCAAUAUUUUACUGGGGCAUGGGAGUCAUCACUUGUUGGCAAAUAUGCUGAUCUUAUCCAGGUGGGUGAUACCAGUAGUACACAGACUGUCAUUUGUGAUAACACAAUGAGAGGCUUUCCUUCCCCUGUGUCAAGAUAUCACAAAGACUGUCAAUGCACCUUUACGGCAAUGACAUCACAAAGAGCCUUGUUCUCCUUAGGCCUCUGAUUUACACUAUUACCCUAAUGGCAAAUUUACCGACCAUAGCAGCGUAGUGAUUUGUAUCUCGAGUGCCGAACGUAAGUGGUCCGUAGUUGGGAUGCUACGGCAAACCAAUAAUGUAAACACAAUAUGGUCUCAAUACUAAGAUAGGAGGCGAUUGGUUCAUCAUUAAUACCGUGUUUACACUAAUAACGCUAUGGCUAACAUUCUGUUGAAAAUUUACUACGAGUGGCGAAGCCAGCCCGACAAUUUGGUCAUGCUAUGCAAAUAUUUCUGUGUUCAUACACCGUGAAAACAAUCAAUUUGUAAAGAAAUGAAUAAUGAUAAUGAUUUAAAGUUUGCAUAGCAUGACCAAAUUGUUGGGCUGGCUUCGCCACUGUUUACUACGUUUCUGAUUCAUGAAUGUGAGGCUCCCAGGCUAAGAAAGUAUUAAUGGCAUACAGUAAUUAUAGAACAGGUAUCUCACAGUUAUGGUUAUAAUACAAAAGCAGGUUUAGCACUCUGUAUUUUGUUCUGACUUGUAAGGUUUGGCAGGUUUGCUUUCAUGUUCAAUUAUUGUCACUUAUGUUGUAAUGUUUAACCUACAGUAAAAGCCACAAUGUUCCCUUAUGUACCCUCUACCCACGUUCCUUUUGUUAUGCCCCUUAAACACCCCACCCCCUAGCCUCCCUUCUAAUAACCCCCUCUCCGAUGGAGUCCCUCCCAAACAUACAUGAAAUACAAAGCCAUGGGGGAUUAAUAGAGGUUCACAAUAAUGUUUUUAUUUCAGCAACAAUCUGCAUGUGAAAGAGUGAUAAAACGUGAUAUAGCCAGAACAUUUCCAGAACAUCCAUAUUUUCAACAAGAGGAUGGCCAGGGACAGCAAGGAUUGUAUAAUGUUAUCAAG